GUCUCGCAAAAAGAUUUUUGCCAUUUAUGGAAGUUUUAAUCGCUUACCGGAAAUCAAGUUGCGAAUAAAAUCCAAGAAAAAAUUAAAGAAAAGUGGUUUUUGAUAAAGAUUUUAACGAAAAUUUCGAAGAAAAGUGUUCGAAAAGCCGAUAAAUUACCGAAAAUAAGUAGAAAAAUAUCCCUCGUUGUUGCAAUUAUUUAAUAGUAUGAUAGAAAAAUGAUGGCCAAUCAAAAUGUAAAGUUACUCAAAGACAAUCCAACGUUGCCUGAAUGGAUGAAAAAUCGUAACACGCGCGUUGGUCCCACUCCGCCUCCCAUACCUCAGGGCAAUUCUCCUCUGCCGCCUCUUUUCCCGAAAAAGAUCGAGCCAGAUCCCGACUACGAAGUCAUCGAGUUCCAACAGCAAUACUCCAAUGCGCCACCCGGUGUCCCGCCAAAAGAUAUGGGCGUUGCUGCCGUUGCCAAAUUCACAGGACACAAGUGCGAGUUAUGUGGCAAAAUGAAUGCCGUUAUCAAAUGUGAUCCCUGUACUUUUAUGUUUUGCAUUACCUGCGAUGACAUGUAUCAUCGACAUCCUAAGAGGAAAAUGCAUGUGAGAAAGCGCAUCGAGUUGAAUCAAACAGAAAAACCUCCAUUGCCACCCAAAGGAGAACCCGCUCAACCGCCCAAUUUUCCUGUGCCUCCGCCACGUAAAAACAAGAACAAGUGUCUGCCUAGUCCAGUAAUGUCUCAACGCAGUGCCUGUUCGACCAACAGCAAUCAGGAUCAGAGAACAAUUCGUGCACCGUCGCCUGCCUUGUCAUUACGGGAAAAAAUGGGGUCAUUACGUCGAAUGAUCCCUCCCAUUAAUCGGCCUUUACCGAGUCCGCCGGCAGGCAAAAAAUCUGACAUGAAACCAGUUGAGCCUUUAACCAGAAGUUCGGUCUUUGACUCUAUCAAGAAACCGCCCUCAGUCACAAUGGAAAAGAUCAAAAGUACAACGGCAGCAGCGCUUGACAGAAUGGUUUUAUUACAACAACGGUAUCGUCAACAUCAAGAAACGAUGCGGAAUGACGGCAGUGAUAAAAGUCGUCGAACGAGUACCGCAAGCAGUCUCGCCGGAGAUCAAUCACCAUAUCCCGAUCCUUUUAACCAAAAUUGGUUUAACGCCCACACCGGAAGUGUUACGUCUUUACCGCAAUUCAACAAUCAGCAGUUUAAUCCACAAGUUAAUAAUAAUUUGUUUCACACCCAGACACUUCAGCGACCUCCCAUGCACUCGCAUUCGAAUACUUUGAUGAAUCCCCAUGGAGAUGGUCCCCAGUCACGUCGAUAUAUGUCAGCGUCUGUCUUUAAUUUGCAUCAACAAGCUCCAAAUAGUCCUUUUGGUGCACCACAUCCCGGCUUUCACGGCUACAAUAACAAUGCUCAAUCAAUGGCACAAUUGAAUUGGCAGCAGCAACAACAACAACAAUUUAUGCAACAUCCUUCAUGGAAUGGAUCGAAUUCGAGUAUUAACUUUCCUCCAGGGUACUAUCCGCCUUAUCCAAAGCAUCCGGAUUGGGCUCCUGGAUGGAAUCCCAUGUAUCCUUAUCCAAGUAUGGAUCAAAUGAUGUCAGCUCCUCCAAUUCCUCCCCGUUCUCACGUUUCUUCGCGAGUCAACUCCCGAGCUGCUUCCCCAGCAAUGAGUCAACGUUCCCGUCGUUCCACACGUCACUCAAAUCGCUAUUUGCAGCACGAUCCAACGGACGACGAAGACUCCGACGAUGAACUCGAUGCCGCCGAAGACUUGAAUCGUCCUCGUAGUCGACGCGAAAUCCUUGCAAAUCGUGCAGCACGUCGCGGCGGUCGAAAAAUGUCGACCCAAAGUAACUUUGAAAUGGACAUGAAUGAUCCCGUCGAGAGCGAUACUGCUGCAACGGCAGUCACAUCAACACGUAGCAACCGUUUUUCGCAUCGUCGAGGUGAUGGACGUCGCGGCCCUUCGGUUGCGCGAUCCCUUCACGAAUACCCGAUCACGAAAAAAGUGUCGCCCAGCAGAGAAAUUCCCUUUAAUUCGUUGAAAAAGAAUCAUCUACGACCACCACGAUCGGAUUCUCUGACAUCCACGUCGGAAAUUGAGUCCAGCGAUAGACAUUCGCACAAAAGUCAGGGCAUUUUGAAACAAUCAACGACAAAAUUGGACCAAGUUGAGACCAAAAGUCCUCCGAAAAGUCCGGAAAAGGCACCGGUAGAGAAAAAACCGGCAUCAACUACCAACGCAAAGACUUGGGAAUGCGAGCAUUGUACAUUUGUGAACGACAUCUCGUCUCGCAUUUGCUCAAUUUGCUGCAAAACGUCGACCAAAGUGCUGGAAACGCUUCCACCGUCGCCGCCAGAGAUGAUAGAGCUGGAAGAGAAAACUGAAACAGUUACACCGGACCAGCAGAAUAACACGUUGAACUUGAAAGAAGAUGAUGUGAUGCAAAGAUCUGUCGGAUCUCUGGAUGGAAAAGCGCGCGAAAAUUUCCGAAAAUUAAAGUCUGCUUUGAGUACCGAAAAUUUUGACAAUGCCAGUGUUCACAGUGACGAAAUCGAACGACGAAUUCUCGACAAAAUCGAAGCGAUGACCACGCAGGAAGGCACGGAUAUGAAAAAUGAAGCAAAUUCGCAAGAAUCAAACGUUUAUCACGAGACCAAAGACGAAAGUGAGGCACAACGAAAAAUUAGUACAGGCACGUCUCCGCCUCCGCAGAGCAUUUCCACGCAAACUUAUGACACGGUCGAGUUCAAGAAAGACGAAAUUCCGAAGCACGUUGCACCUGAAAAGUAUCAAAGAUCGCAUUCGAUAGCGAUUGGGACAGAUUUGCAGGCGCCGGUGCCGAUGACGAGGUCUGUGAGUGGACAAAGUUUCGAUAUGCAGAGCAUGAUGUCGACUUCACCACGAGCUCAAAGCCCGGACCUUAACCGACAAUUUAACGAAGCAUUUUUCGAUUAUCUAACGAUGGGAGCACCUUCUAACAAGUACAAGAGUGUCUCUGAUCUUCGACAGCAAGCAGCUUAUCCAAGUUACAAGACAGCAGCAUCCGGAAUGGGCAGUUUACGUCGCACAUCGAUUAACGAUUUUCAUUUUGGAGGAAUUAUGGGUACUAAAAAUGAAAUGGCGCCAAGUAUGGUAGAACCACGUCCGCAAAACAGUACUGGGCAAGAACUUGUUCGGUUGCUGAGAGAGGCAGAGGCUUACAAAUAUACUGCUGAAGAGUUACAAGCGGCAUUAAAUCAUUGCAACGACGAAAAUCCGGUCACGUGGCUGCGCGAAAAUUGGUCACGCUUGAUCGAAACUGUGCAGACACUCGCUACGAAAUACGGGCACGAGCACAAAGAAAACAUAAUUGGCACAAUUUCUGCCAUUGAAGCGCGCGAAGCACUACGCUUACACAAAGGCAACAUCUGGCAGGCUGUGAGCGAGUGCAUUGAGCAAAGACAACGCAAAUAUCACGAAAUUUCCUCACGUGGCAACUACACGAGAGAGGAUAUCGUCACUAGUCUUACCGCGCAUCAUGGAAAUUUGGAGUUGGCCUUAGUUGAGUUGGGCAAGACGCAAUUAAAGCCCUUUUUAAUGAAAAUUUGGGGACCACCGUCGGGCGUCGAGAACGAAAGUGGCAAUAAUUUCUACGAAGGAGCGUCAUCGGGCCCUGAUCCGAGGCAGCAACAGAAUAGAAAUUCCGACAUUGAUAAUUUUUUAUCGCACCACAUUGGCGAAAUGAUGAGUGCCGGUAUCCCUCUCACGAACGAAGAUGCCAUAAAGGCAGCACGCGCGGUAAGUCCAAUCCCAAAAAAUAUAUCUGAAGUGUACGAAUUAGAGGCACAAACGCCUCCACCGAUAUCAACGUCGCCCGAACCGGUGCCCAACACGAGCAUUUUACGCGACAUCGAGUCCCUGAUCGAACAAAUGGAGAACAAACAGGCGAAACAGAACGAAAGCAUGAUGAAAAACAUCGAGGGACUCCUCGGAAACCUCUUGAAAAAAGUUCAUUCCGAAUCGUCGUCGUCCACGCACGGCAGUGUCGAGCAACUUCGUGUCAAAAGCCCAAUUCCAGUACAAAAGAAAUCCGCAAAGGAAAAUUACGAACUGAAAAAUUUCAUUAACGAUCACAUUCAGGACAUCAAUCCAGUAUUUACGAAGCAGCUGCAGUCGGAAAUGAACGAAAGCGAGAACAACAUCAAAACUUUCGUCGAGCAAGAGAUGCGAGCGCAACAGUUGGAAGAGCAUUUCGAGGAAAUGGGAAGCAAACCAAACUUGAAUCACGAUAAUUUGCUUUUGAUCUCGAUGGAGGAAAAUCGAACGGAUGUCGAAACGAGUACCGAACGCGAAAGUUCGAGUUUGUCGCAGUAUUCAGAAGCGCUGGACGAUCCCUUUAGCCAUGAAACGGAAAAUCGAACGAAAAACCAACAACAACAAGAAAACGAAAACUCCAUUGAAGAAAUUGAAAAAUGGCUCGAAAAUAUUAUGCAGACUGCUGACGAAAUGACGCCCGAAAACUUAUUGGCUUUGAAUAAUGCGAGACUCUCAAGCAUGAAAAACAACACGAUAGACCGUCAAAAGGGCGCUUCAUCACGUCAAAGUAGCAGUUUUCAAUCUGUGGGAGAUUUUCAGCUUGCGAGUACAAGUUCGCGACAAGAUACGUACGAUUUUAACACUCCAGAGGAGGAAAAUCAGUAUUUUUCGGGGUUAGACGCCCCAAAAAUUGACAAUAAAAUGGAAGAAAGCACGGAAACAGUGACAAAUAAUCGACUUUCAACAAUUUCUUUUGCGACGGCAACUUCGGAAGUGUCAGAAAUUGAAUUUGAAGCUGUAGAAAUGCAAGAAAGUAUUAAAGAUGAAGUCUUUGAACAAAUACCAGAACCUGUUGUAGAGCCAGAAAUACUUGAAUCGUACUCGAAAGUGGUUGUGAAUGAUCAAAAAGAUAUAAUUUUGACUCAGAAUGUUCCUGAUGUUGCUCCUGAAGUGAUAGAAGUUCAACCUAACGAAGUUUUAAAUGAAAAAAAUGAUUCUAACGUCAUUGCUUCAAGUUCUGUUACUUCAGAAAUUGCUAAUGUUGCUUCAAAUGUGGUCGUAAAUGAAGUUGUGGAUGUACAAAAAGACAAAAAUCUCAUACAACAAGCUUCGGAAACGACAAAAAGCCCUGAAAAAGCUGAAAUUCAAUCAAUUUCUGACGAAAAUGAAGUUAAAAAUGUCCAAAAAGAAACAAAUCUUACACGACAAGAAGUUAUUUCCGCUUCAUCGAGCUCAGAAAAGCAAGAUUCUAACAUCAAAGUCACAAAUGAAAACCCACAACUCAGUAUUUCUGCCGAAAAUCAAGCUAAAAAUGAUAAAAAUGAUGCAAUUCGUGACCCAUCAACCUCAAAUGCUCCAAUUUCUGAACAAAUUGAGAGUCCCUUGAUGACAACUACUGAAUUAGAUGAAAAAUCUGAAGCCUCAGAUGAGGAACAAGUGACAGAUAGUCCCGUAAGGUUCUCAAUAAACCGUGGACAAUAUACUAGAACGAUUGCUCGGCUUUACAAAAAAGUUUUAAGAAAACGAAAAAAGGCGCAAAAAAGUGCUCAGGCCAUGCUUCUCAAAAAAAUGCAAGAAAAUCCGGAAUCUCAAGGCAAUGAAACGGCUUCAGAGGCUCAACAACCAGAAAAUUCUCCUAUUCCCGUCACAAUUUCUGAUAAACAACCAAGUCCUGCUACCGAAAGUCCUUCGAGUUCAAGUGGAAGCACAACAGUCGCAAACACAACUCCAACUGAAAGUCUUCCUGCUUCACCUCAAAAGUCAAAUUCUCUCGUAAAUUCUAAUAAUUUAUCAGAUCUGGUCGAAAAUACGCAAAAACUCAUCAAACAAAUGAAAGAAGAAAUCAGUUCGGAUAUCUUAACUUUCGCCAGUGGCGAGUCUGAAGAGGAAUAUUCGUCAUUAGGGGACGACGACAACUCGGAUGAAUGGACUGACGAUGUGAGUGAUGAGGAAAUUUUCGAAGAUAGUUACGGUGAUUUGUCGAAUUUCGAUGAGGAUGAACGGGAAAUGACCCCCAUUGUAUUGGAUAGUUCGGAAAAUGCACCAGAAAUUGUCGAAGAAACAACAAAAAUUGAGGAAAUGAACCAAAAUGGAAAUUCAGAAGUGAAAAUUGUUGUAAAUACAGAAGUUGAAGAAGAAAUUAGGAAUGCGGAGAUGAUUCAAGCCAUAAAUGCUCCCGUUCAAAAUCAAGUUUUGGAAAAUAAUGUCGAAGAAAAUGUAACGGAAGUCCCAAAUGUUGAGGAAAAACCAGCAAUUGUCGAAGAUGACCGAGAAGCUCAAAUCAAAAAAAUAAUUGAGACUGUAAGAAAUGCUGAAUUAAUGUUCGAAAUGGACAUAAAUGAGAAUUUACUGGAAAAUGUCGUGGAAAUUCCUUUGCAGGUCGAAGCCAUUCAACUGACAUCUCAACUGGUGGAGGAUUUGGCAACGGCUUCAGCGCUAGAGAUUAAAGUAGAAACGGUUGAGCAUCAUGAACCAACAAAUUCGGAAGUAAAGAUUGAAUCUCCAUUGCCAGAAAAGACAGAAAAUGUUACUUUGGACCAAACAAAUGUUGCAAAAAGUUCCACAGUAGAGGAAAGUUUGGAGCCAGUGCCUCAAACGACGUCAAAUGAACAAGUUUUGAGCAGCGAAAGUGCUUCAAAUACCGCUCAGGAGACAAUUUCCGAAAAUGUUGUUGAAGAAAAUGUUGAAAAAGUUCAACCUCCAGCCUCAAAAAUUGAUCCAAAAACGAAAAUUAGUCCCAAAAAAGGCAAGAAAAGCUCAAAUAAUGAGCCACAAAGAAAAGUUUCCACAGAAAAUGUUUCAAAUAAUUCAAAAUCCACUCCAACUGCAAAGCCAGGAACAGUUCAAAACACGCCAGGACCUUCGUCCUCGAAAGCAGGACCAUCGAAACCAAGCACAUCGCAAGCCAGUAACUCUCAAGCAGGUCCCUCUCGCUUACCAGUACCGAUCGACACGAAAAUUCCCAAAAAGAAAUACCACGAAACGUGUUUCAGCGAUGACUAUCAAACGACAGACGACGAAGACGAGCGUCAAAAAGUCUCGUUGUCGAACGGGCCAAUCAGGAAUUUAGUGAAAGAUUUGAGUAUUGACUCGGAAAAUCUUGAACCGGAAUCGUUGGACCGUUUAGCUCGUCGAUUGCUCGCAGAAGGUCAUGUCAAAAAUUAUCUCGAAGGAGAGCUUGCAGCGACGUUGAUCGAUCAAAAGUUCACCCAGGAACAAGCUUUAUGGGCUGCUUCCAUUUCUAGCACGAUCGAUGAGGCAUUGGAAAAAUUACAGGCUGAAUGCGAGCUUUGUACUGAAAAAUCUCCGUUGAAUGAGAUGAUUUCCAUGUUGAAAUGCACUCAUAAGUGUUGCAAGGAAUGUGCCAAAAAUUAUUUUACGAUUCAGAUCACGGAUCGUUCAAUCGGUGACUGCGUGUGUCCCUUUUGCAAGAUGCCCGAGCUGCAAGACACGGAAAUCCACGAAGAUGAAGUUCUCGAGUACUUUUCCAACCUGGAUAUCUUGCUAAAAAGCAUUUUGGAAGAAGAAACGCACGAACUAUUUCAACGAAAACUACGCGAUCGAACUCUCAUGCAAGAUCCAAACUUCAAAUGGUGCGUCCAAUGCUCUUCCGGAUAUUUUGCGCGACCACGUCAACGUCGCUUGAUUUGUCCAGAUUGUGGUUCUGUCACGUGUGCUCAAUGUCGCAAGCCAUGGGAAUCGCAGCAUGAUGGCUUAACAUGCGACAAAUUCGCAGAAUGGAAAGAAGCAAAUGAUCCGGACAAACAAGCGGAAGGCGUUCAAAAACAUUUGCAGCUGCAUGGCAUCGAAUGUCCCAAGUGUAAAUUCAAGUAUGCCCUUGCGAGAGGUGGUUGCAUGCAUUUUACGUGCACACAAUGCAAAUUUGAGUUCUGCUACGGGUGCCAAAAGCCGUUUAAGAUGGGUGCCAAAUGUAAAGUUUCACCAUUUUGUGCGAAAUUGGGACUUCAUUCGCAUCAUCCAAGAAAUUGCUUGUUCUAUUUGCGUGACAAGCAGCCAUAUGACUUGCAAACGUUACUCAAGAUGAACAACAUCCCCUUCGAAACGGAGCCAUCUGCCGCCUUAAAGAUGGUUGAUGAGGAAAAUGUGAACAAAAACAACCGAAAAUGCCCGGUUCAGUUGCAAAAAGAAACUCCAACUGGCUUAGUUGACACGAUCUGCAAUGAUGAGGUAUCCGAGGGUAAUGCUGGACUGUGCAAGACUCAUUACACUGAAUAUUUGGUUGGUAUUGUCUCGCAAUCACGCAUCGAUCCUCUGCCAAUCUUCGACUUGCAAGAUUGCGUUCAGGAAUUGCGUCGUCGUGGAAUUCAACUUCCCGAACGUGGUCCAUGGGACACAGAUCCGAUCUACAGGGAUAUGUGUCAAAAGAUUGUUCAAGAACAAAUCCCAUUAGAGUGAAUUUUAAAAUGUGAAAGAUGUCCUGAAACUGCCUCUUUUUAUUGUGAAAUUUUUAAGACAACAAGAAUCUAAGGGAAUUUUAUUUAUUAAA